UUGCUUUCUCUCACUUUCUCAUUCAUUAUCCUCCGAAACAAACAGUCUCCCAAGUUCUAGGCUGUCCAGAGAUCCCGGUAGCUUAUACCAUCUUCAGCCGUCAUGAAGAAGCCUGGUGUUUUAGCAGCCUCAGUCGCCGCCGCUUCUGCUACUGCUCUCUCUGCUUCUUCUUCUUCUUCCUCUUCUUCUUCAAGCUUUGUGUCUAAUUCAACCAUGCGAUUUUCUAAUCAGGAGACUGUCUCUUCUAAGAGAAAUCAAGAAAAUCCAUCACCUUCCACAGAAAAAUUUGCGCCGAGGUUCGAUGGCUUGAGAUUUAUUGAAACCUUAGUCACUGCUCAUAGAUAAUAAAAUCUGGUCUCAACUCAAGCCUCACAGCUCCAUCUUCUUAAAUCUAAAUAUAUUUUUGCCUAUGAUGAUGUGAUUUUGAUCCAUCUUCAGGAAACAACUUGAAGAUAGGACUUUUAAUUGUUUGGUAGAUGAAAUUUGUACUAGAAAGAGAGGAAUUGUAACUUUAAGUUAAGGGCUAGCUUUCAUGUGCAAUUAAUUUCUCUUCCCCUGUUUUCUGGUC